CCUAUUAUUCAGCACGGAAUCAAUUCCCCGCGCACUGCAACGUGCGGCGUAGUAGACAACUGCGGUUCUGUGCGGGUUGGCAGCUUCCUGAAGGGGGAAGGAAGUGGUCGGGGUUAAAAUGGCUUCGAAACACCAGAUCCAGGGUUUAACCGAAUACGCGAUUUGUCCCAUCUGCCUGGAUUUCUUCACCGAUCCGGUGACACUGGAGUGCGGGCACAACUUCUGCCGCUCCUGUGUCACACAGAGUUGGGACAGGGAGGGUAGAAACUCCUGCCCGGAAUGUAGAGAGAAGUCUACAGACCGCACCCUCAGGGUGAAUCGGGCCUUGGCGGGUCUGUCUGAGAAAGCUAGACAAUUGAGCCUGAACACGGAAAGGAAAGAACUUCAGUGCGAGAAACAUCAGGAAGAACUGAAGCUGUUUUGUGAAACCGACAAGAAACUGAUCUGCCUGAUCUGCCGAGACGCGCGGGAACACAACUCUCACCGUUUCCUGCCGAUUAAAGAAGCCGUUGAAAGCUACAAGGAGCGGAUUAAAACAUCCUUAGAGACUCUCACAAAAGAUAAAUCAGCGGGGGAGCAAAUGGAGCAGCAACAGAAACAGAAGCUUUCUGGAGUUCGGGAACAGUCACAGAACCUGUUGACCCACAUCACAUCGGUAUUUGCUGAACUGCGCCAGAUUCUCAAUGAGGAAGAGCAGCGCUUUCACAAGGAACUCCGGGAAGAAGAGGAGAGCGUUCUAAACCCAAUGGAGAAUAAUCUACAAGAGAUUCAAGAGAAGUUAAACUCUAUUCAAGAGCAACUCCUAAAGCUGCAGGAGCGGAUGAAUCAAAUGGACAGUUUGAUAUUUCUGAAGGAGGAAACUCGUCAGAAGAGGAGGGUGAGUGAUGAAGAACGGUCGUUGUCGGUAGCAGACGGUGCCUUGGCAACUGGAAAGUUCGAUCACCCAUUUUUGUUGAGCAAAUUGACCGAUGGCAUUAAGAGAGGAAAAAACGAACGGAUUAAAACAUCCUUAGAGACUCUCACAAAAGAUAAAUCAGCGGGGGAGCAAAUGGAGCAGCAACAGAAACAGAAGAUUUCUGGAGUUCGGGAACAGUCACAGAACCUGUUGACCCACAUCACAUCGGUAUUUGCUGAACUGCGCCAGAUUCUCAAUGAGGAAGAGCAGCGCUUUCACAAGGAACUCCGGGAAGAAGAGGAGAGCGUUCUAAACCCAAUGGAGAAUAAUCUACGAGAGAUUCAAGAGAAGUUAAACUCUAUUCAAGAGCAACUCCUAAAGCUGCAGGAGCGGAUGAAUCAAAUGGACAGUUUGAUAUUUCUGAAGGAGGAAACUCGUCAGAAGAGGAGGGUGAGUGAUGAAGAACGGACGCUGUCGGUAGCAGACGGUGCCUUGGCAAUUGGAAAGUUCGAUCACCCAUUUUUGUUGAGCAAAUUGACCGAUGGCAUUAAGAGAGGAAAAAACGUAUUUGUUUUAAACCGUUAG